GCAGCCGGCAGGUUCCUGCGCUGCCUGUUCAGUCCUCGGUCCGCUACUUCUCCGCGGCGGAGCGGGUUCUGGUGUGCCUUAGCUCCGGUCAGUGCCAUGAUCCGGCAGGAGCUCUCCACAUCCUACCAGGAGCUGAAUGAGGAGUUGGAUCAGGUGGUUGAGAACUCAGAGCGAACAGACGAGCAGGAAAAGGAGAGAGUCAAAGUCCAGGGUUCAGGAAUCUUACCAGCCCUUGACGGCGAGUCAGCCUCCAGCAGCAUCCGUGUCAGCAAGGCCUGCCUGAAGAACGUCUUCUCGGUCCUGCUCAUCUUCAUCUACCUGCUGCUCAUGGCGGUGGCCGUCUUCCUGGUUUACCAGACCAUCACAGACUUCCGUGAGAAGCUCAAGCACCCGGUCAUGUCGGUGUCUUACAAGGAGGUGGACCUCUACGAUGCCCCAGGUAUUGCCUUGUACCCCGGCCAGGCCCAGCUGCUGAGCUGUAAGCACCAUUACGAGGUCAUCCCCCCGCUGAGGAGCCCGGGCCAGCCCGGAGACAUGACGUGCACCACGCGGAGGAUCAACUACACGGACCCCUUCUCCAACCAGACCCUGAAAUCCGCCCUGGUCGUGCAGGGGCCCCGGGAAGUGAAGAAGCGGGAGCUGGUCUUCCUGCAGUUCCGCCUGAACCAGAGCAGUGAGGACUUCAGCGCCAUCGACUACCUCCUCUUCUCUUCUUUCCAGGAGUUCCUGCACAGCCCAGACAGAGUGGGCUUCAUGCAGGCCUGUGAGAGCGCCUAUUCCAGCUGGAAGUUCUCCGGGGGCUUCCGAACCUGGGUCAAGAUGUCCCUGGUGGAGACCAAGGAGGAAGAUGGACGGGAAGCGGUGGAGUUCCGGCAGGAGACCAGUGUGGUUAACUACAUUGACCAAAGGCCAGCUGCUGAAAGAAGUGCUCAGUUGUUUUUUGUGGUCUUUGAAUGGAAAGAUCCUUUCAUCCAGAAAGUCCAAGACAUAAUCACAGCCAAUCCUUGGAACACAAUUGCUCUUCUCUGUGGGGCCUUCUUGGCAUUAUUUAAAGCAGCAGAGUUUGCCAAACUGAGUGUGAAAUGGAUGAUCAAAAUUAGGAAGAGAUACCUUAAAAAAAGAGGUCAGGCAACGAACCAUAUAAGCUGACGUCGCUUUGUUCAAAGAACUGCCCACAUUGAUGGAAGUUGUCAUCGCUUCCGCUUUGAUCGAUGAAGCUACCAGCACUCCUGUACUCACCUGAAGAAAUGGGCCCUGCUGGGAGGAACAGCCUAAUGGACAGAUCCAAUGGAUAACCUAAAAGUUAUUUAAGUACUUAAAUUAUUAAUGAACAUUUUUUGACUAUGACAUAUGAAUAGGGUUUGUGGAAGAUGGAAAUGAGGUAUGUAUCUGGUCUUCUGAAGGUUUGUCAAAGCUGCCUCUAAUUUGGUUUGGUGUAUAGUUCAUCUACAACAGGUUAUUAAGGCUCUGCUGUUUACCUUGGGUUUCUUUUCCCCGGAGGUUUUUAAAGUGGAUGGAAGAGGGUGUGAGUAUUCAGAUGUGUAGGUUGUGCUUUGAAACCUGUGCACUUGACACAACGAAAGGCAAACACCCUAUGUCUGGCAUCAUCUGCCUUUUACCUCUCUGACGAGCUUUCUCAUUUGUUAAAUAUUAAAUGAGACUUUAAAAGCUACUACAAACUAGUUAUUAGAUUUUCUGUGGACUGACUAGCAACCUACCGUAAGAGUUUAGAGUGAUUUACAGACAAAAGCACUAGUACGAAUGUACAGAGUAGGUGUCUAUUCAAUGUCUAUUGAUGAUUUCAUUAACAGGUAAAUAAAAGUUAGGUUAAUA